GAAAAAAUUCAUGGAGAGGAAGAAUCGAUAGUUCGUUCGAGAAUUGUUUCGAUCUUUAUGUGUUUACGCGUGUGUUUACAUCGAAUGCGAUAUGAUCCACGGAGUCAAGCGCGAAGAAGAUCGAUCGGUGAUCUCUCGUUCUCUCUUCGUCUCUCUGCUUCUCUCUCUCUCUCUCUCUCUCUCUCUCCCUCUCCCUCUCCCUCUCUCUCCCUCUGCCUCAAAUAUCGAAUAGCAUUCGCGGCUCGUGUACCAUCGGCCCUAACAUACGAUACACGAUCGUUCGUUGAAUCACGCGGCAGUGCCUUAGAUCGUUUCUAUUAUCCUAGUCGAGGCGAUCGACAUUUUUUUCUCUUCUUCGAACAUCUUUGAGAAAACGUCCGCGAGAAAAAAGACGUAAAAUACAAUAGAAUUUCGUUCGAAUGCAUUCGUAAGUCCGUAAAAGUGGAUCGUCCAGCUCGUGCCGCAACAACGUAGGAAAAAUCUUUCGAAUAUGGAAACUGUUAGAUCGAGAGGACAACAGAGGACGUUUGUGGGAAUUCAACGAUUACAGAAGAUAAAAUGCAAUUAAUAAUCCCAUAACGAUUCGCAGUUAAACGUCGUUAAACGCGAACAGUGUCAAAAAGCAGUGUUCUUCCUUUGCGUAAAAAGAAAAAAACAACAACAACAACAACAAAGCAAGUGUCUGUGGUAUCGUGUCGAAAUUGGAAAAGGAAUAAUCGGUUCGACUAAUGGCCGUUUAAAUGGUUCGAUUAAACAGACUUUGAAAAUUGAUUUGCUAAUCUGUCUAUGGAGAAGAGCGUCUCCCGCGAUGAUCGGACCGUUGCCGGAGUCGGUGGCAGAACGUACCGCUAAACGCAGAAGGAGGAAGUAAAGAAGAAAACAAAUACGGGGUGCUCGUUUACGUGUAGUUCGCGGCCGCGGGGCGUACGUGGGUGCAUGGAAGAAGGAAACGAUCCUGUCAUCGGAAGGAACGAAGGAGAACGAGGCGGCGGGCCAGGGUGGCUCCGCUAACGGCAGGGAGGCCGUUGAGAAAAUGUCGAGCACCGCGGCGAGUCCCGAUGGGAUGGCUUUGCAGUCGCACUAUUCCCUUCGAUGGAAUAAUCAUCAAAAUCACAUAUUACAGUCCUUCGAGGCGCUUUUGCACGCGGAGAUACUCGUCGACGUGACGCUGGUUUGCGCCGAAACUAGUCUCAGGGCGCACAAGGUCGUUCUCAGUGCUUGCAGCCCCUUCUUCGAGAGAAUAUUUGCGGAACAUCCGUGCAAGCAUCCGGUGAUCGUACUGAAGGAUUUCCCCGGUCACGAAGUCGCGGCAUUAAUCGACUUUAUGUAUCGCGGGGAAGUGCGAGUCGGUCGAGAAGAAUUGGCAGGACUGAUGAGAGCGGCCGAGAGUCUGCAGGUCCGGGGACUGGCUUCGUCGGAACCGAGGCCGGCAUCACCGCCGGACACACCAGUGGCCGAUCUUCUUCUCGGCGAGCCAUCGACGCCCGAGGAAACUAGGCAGGAUACUCAGGAGGACGACGAUAAUGCGUCGGAGAUCGCAGCAGCAGCAGCCGCGGCCGCGGCAGCGACAGCGGCGGCGGCUGCGGCGGCGGCAGCACGGGCAUCGAUCAGAGAAACGAUCACGACGCCUAUAAGAACGAUCUUCCAUUCUUCGAGGGACCAUCGCGAUAGAUUACCGCACAUGGCUCAUCUGAGCUUUGGCAUACGGGAGCUAAGGGAAGCCUGCAGUUCACCUCUUAUGCCGCGUCGGAAACAGGCAAGACCACGCCGAAGAUCCGGGGAAUUGGUACCGCAAGACUUGAGCAGGCCGCAUCCACCGCCGAGUCUGAGCCCACCGUUUUCCUCUUUGAAUCUGACCAAUAAUCAGCAACAGAGUCAACACCAUCAAAGUCAACACCAUCCACAGGCAUCGUCGAAUGCUACGAAUCAGCAGCAGCAUCAGCAGCACCAGCAGCAGCAGCAGCAACAACAACAACAACAACAACAACAACAACAGGAGGAAAUGGCAGAGAAUUUAUCGAUAAAGAGAACAAUCUCGCCGAUAGCCCAAGAACAGCAGCAGCAACAACAACAACAACAUCACAGCCAGCAGCUGCAUCAAGUAAAGACCGAAAGUAGCGAGGCAGCGAGUAGUCCGCGAGGGUCUCCCCUUACAGGUACGAGUCUUCUCCAUCUCGAUGGUUCACCCCAAGACAUCCCAUCGGCGGCAGCCGCUGCCGUUGUCAGUAUACCUGGUAUGUCGGCGUUGUCGUUGACACCGCCGCAUCAUCACAGCGAGUAUCUGACGAGUUUGGGUCAAUUGGCGGCCCAGUGGCUUCCUCAAAAUCACCCGCAAAGUCAGCUACCACCGCCGCCAACGCAAACUCAUCAUUCGCGGGACGACAGUCCUCUUGGUUCCGCUAGAAACACGCACGCCUAUCAACAACAACAACAACAACAACAACAACAACAGCAGCAGCAACAGCAGCAGCAACAACAACAACAACAAGAAUCAUCGCUGACGUCUAGACGUGGCUCGAUCGCGGCGAUGUUUCCCCUCGACAGCGUUGCGUCUUUGAGCGGUGGACUCUUCCCUCAUGGUACCGCCAUCGAUAGGGGAUCCCUUUUAGCGGAUCUCCAUGAAAGUUUUAAACCGGAACAGUUACACGGACUGUUCGGACCGGCCACCUUGACGACUCAUCCUUCCGGUAAGAAGAAAAAGCAUAGAACCGACGGCGACGCACCUAGAAGAUGGUCGGAUCAAGGAGGACGUGGUCUGCCGGUUGGAAGACCAAAGGGUCAACACAGCGCACCACGGGGCGGCCCACCGAGAUCUUGGACUAAUGCCGAACUUACCGAAGCGCUGCAACACGUGUGGAACAAGAAGAUGACGACGUCUCAGGCAAGUCGAAUAUUCGGCAUACCAUAUAACAGUUUGUUGAUGUACGUGCGCGGUAAAUACGGAAAGAGCUUGAAGUUGGAACAAUUGAGAAGAGAUUGCACCGGAGCUACAACCGGCGACGUAGUCAUGAAUUCUUUAAACAACAAUGUCAAAGCCGUACAACAACCACCGGCGCAGCUGAGCCAUCCACUCGCCGGCCUUCCACCCCAUCCGGCCGACGACAGUGGCUUUCCUCAUCACUCGCUCCUCGUCGCGUCGCUUUGUGCGUCUUAUUGCACCGGAUGCGCCUUUUGCGAGAAAUUCUUUCAACCACAGCAGCAGCAGCAGCAGCAGCAGCAGCAGCAGCAGCAGCAGCAGGAGCAGGAACAAGAGGAACAGUUCUACCAGACUCGCAGAACAGUAGGCAGCCCGAGACCCUUUGGCGCCGAGAGACCGACGCGCGCGCAAGAAUUCAACAGGACCGGCGUGUUGCACCCCGAGUACCAGAUACCUGCUACCCUUCGACCGGGCAAUGUGUCGCAGUUUUAUUAUCUGAACCCGCGAGAAGGUCCACCUCUCACCUUGCUCGUCAGUCCCUGCAGCGGUCCGAUAUCAUGGACGGUCAGUUACGCGGAGCCACCUGAAAAUGAUCGAGAACUGGAAGGAGCAAAAUAUCAGUCUCGAUGGCCGGUGAAGACACUAAAACCAGGAUCGCCUUUGUUUACGUACGAAGGAGCAGAGGAUCAGAACUUUACGAUAGCGCGAACGCGCGCUGGUUUAUAUUGGUUCGAAAUCAAAUCAUUGCGGGGUAAGAAAAUCGAAAAAUCAGAUCCGAGCACCGUACUCUUGUACGCAACGUCCAACGCCUUGAAUCAUCUGUCAGGAUUUUAUGCGAAUGAAAAGGAGAAUCGUCAGCGUUCCUUAAGAUUUCAACAGAGAAGAAGCAAACGUCGGCUAACCAUAUCUUGGAACAAAAGCCACGUAGAUCCGCACCUAUCCAACUAUUGUUUGGCCGUUACGUCGGGAACUCAAGCACACCCUUCGACGCUUUGCGCCGCGCAAAACUUUCUCAUCGUUCAUUCGUAUACCGGCAAGGGAAGUUCCUCGAGCAACAGAGAGCAUCAAUAUCGGGGUGUCCCGGAAGGGGUUCAUUGCGUACGACAGACCAAGUUGACUCUUCACAGAAUGAAGUUCGACACUACGUACAACUUUACUCUAUAUGUGGUUAAUAUGCGUAACAACGUUUCGAAUAAACUUGCCACCGAUGCCAUACGAUUUCGGAAAACGCCGGAGUUGAUGUUACAUACGGGACGUUACGCCACGGUGAGUUUGAGAAAAACCGAUGGUUUCGUCAAUUUCCGUUAUCGCCCAGCGGAAAAUGCAUCGAGUAUCUUCCACAUUCUUCCUUGCGGCGGUGGAAUAGUCAAGGCCAAACUAAGUGCUCCAGGAAUACUGCGGGAAAAAGAAGUGGUGGGAUAUGCGUCUCUGCGAGUACCUCUACUGCCCACGGGAAAAGCUUAUAUUCUGCGGAUAUCGGCUACACCGCAGGAAUUAGCGAGAGUCACGGCAAUCAAAGUACUAGUUACGCAGGAGUCCUCGACGAUUUAUCCGCAGGUACCGUCGAGAAGCACGCCGCGCGAGUAUCGCUCAUUGAGAAGUUGCGACGAGGUGACAAUAGGAGUAGAGCCGGCCGGUGCCGCGAAAUAUUGCAUUCUCGUGAGAGAAUUGAAAGAUUCUACGACAUUGGCCAGCUUUGCUAGCGUACCCGAUCAGUGCGGUCUCCAUCGUCGUCGUCGAUCCGAGUAUACGUUCGAGGUCUGCGAGGAAAGAGGGAGCACGCCGAAUGACAGAGCCCUUCCGUUUACCCUCAAGAGAUUGCAACCCGGGAAGGCAUAUCUUUUGCAAAUCACGGCCCAGCUCAAAGGUCGAUCCUUGUCGUAUCCUCUGUUAGGGGUACGGACGAAACGUACCUGUCUGCGUCCAUGACAAUUCUAAUAGUCGUCUAUUUGCCGUUUUUGAUACGUUUAACGAUUAUUAAAUCAUUCUCACAUUCAUAGGAUAACGAUUCUUUAGGAUAACGAUUUUGGAUUUAAUUUGAGGGAUUCUAUUUGAACGUAUGUAUGUAAGCUUAUCCAUAAAAUAAAAUAUAAUGUAAAAUUCAUAUUGAUUCAUAUUCCGCCUGAUCUCUUUCUCUUUUUUCUUUGCAUUUUCCUUCCAAUCUAAUAUAAUAUUUUAGGACCCUACGCUCGUAGGGACAAUUACAUCAAUACAAUAGGAUCAAAGAUAUUCUAAUUCGGACUUUAUCAGUCGCAAUAAUUUACCGCCAGGACUUUUCGCAGGCUCUGACAUCAACAAAGUCAUGGCUUUCGACAAAUGUCCUUUCUUGUCUUGUCCUGGACAAUCGGCGAGUUCUCGUAAAGUAAUUGCCGCGUAGAGUGUCAAUCGUUCGCAGUAUGGAUCUACGACGGCGACGGUAUUCAUUAUAAGAUUGCAAAGGUCGAAUUUUUGUCGAUCGUUCGACGGUAAUAAUUGUAUCAAAGAAUGCCCGAUAGAUAUGCAAUGUUGAUGGCCCGGAUGUAGAAGAGCGCGAAGUCUGAAAAUAUGUAUAUGAUCGUACGUCACGUAUUACGUGAUUGUAGAAGAAGAAAAUGGAGAAUUCUUUUGGUUUCUCCGCUGUCUCCUCCGCCACCUCUCCCCCGCCUCCUGGUGUCAAACAGGAAGCGAGGAAGAAGCACUCACCGAGAAAGAAGAUCGGAAAGCACGGCCUUGUUUGGGGUCCUCAUUGCCUCUUCGACUUCUUCCUCGAGCCUAUCCAUUAAUUGACCGACCUCCGAGGACCGAAGAGUAUUUUUACACGUAUCGCAGGACCAUUCCGUUUCAAAGUCCAACGGAUCCCUCGGAAGAAUGAAUCCGCCGUCGUUGUAAGGACAUCUCAGAGUGCCAAGAUGCGUUCCCAGUUCCGUUGGAUCGGCGCAUCGUUCGCAGGAACAAGAAAAAUAUUUGGUCGCGAGCAAAUGUCGCCUCCUCGCUCUCGUAGACCAAAGUGCGUGAGUAUAGCACGUACUCAAAUGUUCGCCCCUUGAAAAAUGAUAUAAUCGCGGUCGUAUAAAAGGGAUCUAUAUCGGAUCUUUCAUUAAAUUCCACCAACGGUUUACCUACUUUUUAAUCGAGGUAACGGCGAGCACGUUUACGAUCGGUCUACCAUUCUCGUCCAAUGCGAAGAAAUGCCGAGUGUUUGGUAAGCAACGGUGUUCCAAAAGACAUGUCGUGCGAUAAAUGGCGACGGAACCUUCCGGCGGUAAUGUUUCGAGCCCGUUCACGUCGAUUAGCCCACAAAUUUUAGGCAAUAUCUUGGCGCAAGAAGGAUCGACCGCGACAAGGGCUCUAAGAUGAUUCGUUAUCUCUUCCACCUCCUCGUAAGCAUCGGUCCCAGGACCGCGAGAAUCCUCGUGACUCUGUAGCUUUUCCAAUAAUUUCCAACGCUUCGACUUUGUCUUCCAAAGUAUCAGCAUCCUUAUCGGUAGCAAAACGUCGCAUCUAGAAAAAGACGACGGGGAAAUACGGCGACGGAAAAAGAGAGACGAAAGAAGAGGAAGAUCGAUCGACCGAUACUAACGGUACUUUAAUAUACUAUCGUAUAUAUAGGUGGUAUAUAAUAUACGUUAUAGGCGGUUAUAUACGCGGUUGUAUUCUUAACGGAUAACGUUACCGGUAGCCACGUCAAAGCCGUUUUUCUUCACCUGGGAAAGAUUCUGGUUUUUGCAAGAAGGGCACAUUCCAACUCGUGGCCGUCCUUAGCCAGGAGAGCCUUGCAGUCCGUAGAACAGGAAGGCCAGAAGCACUUGGGACAUCUCGUUUCGACGUCCUCGCAACGUUGACCGCAACCGACGCACACCCUGUAAGACGUAUGAGGUGCGGCUCCCCAAACGAGUGGCACUUCCGAAAUGAUCGGCUCACCGCUCUUUAAAUCCCUCCUUGCAAUCAAGUAUCUUCCCAAUUCUUUGCUUUCCUCGAUCUCCCAGGCAUGGCAGAUUGAUUUGUGCAACGGCCAAUCUUCCCUUUGGUGUUCCUUCCCGCAAUAAAAGCUCCCCUUGCAGCCGCUGCAUUUCAGCCGAGCCUGCUUACCGCACACCGGACAUUCUCCCAUAUCCAGAUUUUCCCCCAUAGUGUUACUCCGAAUCGACGAAUUGGCGAUAAUUAAAGGAACGAUAUUAAAAGAAUCGCAUACGCACGCGUACACACGCAAUGCAAAUGAUGAAUUUACUCUGAGUUUUAUCUGCAACUAUAUGCGUAUCGCCGAUACUUAUCUAUAAUAUACCCUUCAAUUUUUCUUUUCACUUUUUCCCCGGCGAAACGUUUAUAGAGAAGCGCGCGUAUGAAACCAACAUGCUCGGUAAGAAAUAUCAAACUAGACCCACUGUGAAUAGCACCGUCCUAUAACGUCACCUCCAACGUUUAAUUAUAGAUAUCUACGAGCGCGAACUAUUUUAGUUGUAACUACUAAACCGGUAUAAUAUUACCAUUUACCUAUCGUAGUCGUAUCUAAUAUUCUCGUAUAAACGUCGAUUUAUCCGAGAUGUACUUAUUAAUAUUAUAGGUAAUAUAGGAUUUACAUCGUUACAAAGCGUCCAUCCUUUCUUCCUCAAUGGCUUCUCGAAUGAUUCCAGUUCCGGAUUGCAAUGGAAUAAGAUCGGGGGAAGAUUCUUGAAAAGUAGUCUUUAUUCCAACAUUCGACAACGUUAUAAAAUCUAACUCGCCGAUUCGUGAAAAUGUUGUUAUUAAAAUAUCGUUAAAACCGUUGUUGUUGUUGUUGUUGUUGUUGUUGUUGUUGUUAAAAUAUCGUUAUUAUAAGAGAACAAGAAAAUCUCACUUCAAUUCUCUAUGACCUUGCAUUGAAAUUAUUUAUAGAAAAUUAUAUAUCUAUGUUUAAUACGUAUAUACACGUAUUUUCAUUUGAAAAAAGAAAAAGAAAGAGAAAAAGAAAGGAAGAAAGAAAAUAUCCAUGGUUCGCAGGCGCACUCUGUGAAAUUCGAAUAAUACAUUUUCACGGCCGAUAGCUCUAUAUACGUACAUUAUACAUAAAUAUUGCUAUAUUUCCCACGAACCAAUCCUAUUUUAUAAUGUUUGCGGCGGCACACGUACUACUCAUCGUUGAUAUAUUUCUCUUUCUUUUUCGAAACGAUAAAAUAAUAGUUUAACAAAGUACUUUGGUAUUUACGUUCUCCUUCGCUUUCACGAAUAUAUAUAUAUAUAUAUAUAUAUAUAUAUACAUAUACAUAUACAUAUAUAUAUAUAUAUAUAUAUAUGUAUAUAUAUAUAUACACAUACCUGUACAAAACUGAUCGUGGGACAUAUACGUAUACAUUUUUUAUUAAUAUGAAUUUGCAUGUAUGUAAGUUUAAAUAAAACUCAGAUCAACGAUGAUAACGAUGAAUAAUAUAUACGAUGAAUUAUUUCAGUCCUUUUUGUAUCGAUAUAACGUUUAUACAAAAAAUAAUGAGCUAUUUAAUAAAUAAAAAAAGUUGGCAUUAUAUCCGUCAAAACUCGCGCUCCUAUUUCUGAUGCGCCAUUUACUAUACCUUUAAUCCUAUUAAUAGAUAUAUACGUAAUUAACGAUAUAUUAAAUAUCUACAUAUAUGUUUAUAUUAAUGUACAAGCAUGUUCCUCCGUUUCGUGCGUGAUUCGAUAGCAAAACUUAAAUAUAAAAUGUUAUUUUCCUUUG